UCAUAGGGAGGAGGGAGCAAGCUGGUUUUCUGCUGUCCCGGUGACUAGGACACGGACCAAUGGCUUCAAACUACAGGAAAGGAGAUUCCGCCUGAACACUAGGAAGAACUUUCUCACUGUGAGAUCUUUUCAGCAGUGGAACUCUCUGCCUCAGAGUGUGGUGGAGGCUCUUUCUUUGGAGGCUCUUAAGCAGAGGCUGGGUGGCUAUCUGUCGGGGUUCUUUGAAUGCAGUUUUCCUGCUUCUUGGCAGGGGGUUGGACUGGAUGGCCCAUGAGGUCUUCCAACUCUAUGAUUCUGCCAAAGACGGUUAGUGCCUCACCAAAUUACAAAGUUAAGGAUUCUAUUCUAUUGAGCCAUAGCGAUUAGUUGGCAAGCUACAUUCACCUACAGACUACAGUACAGAUAGGCUGAUAAAAGUGGUACUCCGACAGCUGUCACUUUGCUUGAAGAGUCCAAUAUCUUUUAACGUUAGCUUCCUCUCCCUCCUUCCUUCCUAGUGAGACUUGAAAGAGGGAAAGAUGCUGUCCUUCAGGCAGUCUUCCCUGGGAAACCAUCAUCUUUCAGCCUCCUUUCAGGGGUGAGUUGGCAAGGUUUGUCAGCUCUGGAUAGGGGUGGACAGCUGUGAGGGAAGAGGCCAGGCCCAAAAAGAGAGAGAAAGGACAUUUCACAGGCCCUUGAAAAAGCAUCCAUUAGCCACUGGAUUGGCAAUAUUUAUUAGAAAUUAUGACUAAUGACUUCCUCUUCAAGAGACAGGCUAUUUCUGCAUCUCUGGAAGUGAGUGGAGGGGAAUGCUCUGCACAUAUAGUUUGGUGACAUUUCUCUUGGCAGCACUUUCCCCCAAAUCCCCCAGUCAGUAGAGUACAGUUGUUCGUCCUCCUGGGUGUGGGAUUCUGAGAUUAACACAAAGAUGUUGUGACAUAAACUUUGGUAGAUUUAGUCUACUUCAAGGAGAAGAAGAUUAGAGGGUUUGAGCUGCAACUUUGUUCAAUUACUCCCAAAAGUGCUAUAAGAUCCCUUUGCAUACUGAUAUUCCGGACUAAAAGUUUUGCCAUGUUUAACAUGAAAUGUCUGGAAAGCUCUGUUUGAAAUAAUUCAUUCAAUGUUAACUUAUUCAAUUUAAGUUGAUUGAUGUGGUUGCUUGGCUUCUUAUAUAUAAAUGGACAGCUAAAAUAUGAUCUACACAGUAAAUAGGGUUAUAUUUUAAAUUUAUAUUUCCUUUGUGUGUAUGCAGGUUUUGUAUUACUGUUUCCUAAGAGAAUGUCCCAGCUUAAAUUUUGUUCACGGCGAUCCCCAGUUGUUUGCACUAGUGGUUGUGUUGCAUCAAGCCAGCCUCUCGCAACCAAUAUUGGCCUUGAUAUUUUAAAGAGUGGCGGCAAUGCUGUUGAUGCUGCUGUGGCUGUAGCAGCUGCCUUAAAUGUUACUGAACCUUGCAGUACUGGAAUAGGAGGAGAUUGCUUCUGCCUCUACUAUGAUGCAAGCACAAAACAUGUCCGUGGUCUCAAUGGAAGUGGCCGAUCUUCACAGUCCCUAACCUUGGAGCUGCUCAAAAAUGCUGGUUUCAGUGAAGCAAAUCCCCCACCAGUACAACAUGCAUAUAAUGUCACAGUACCUGGUGCCGCAGCUGGAUGGUGUGAUGCUGUUGCAAUCUUUGGAAGCCAAAAGCUUUCCAUGAGGCAGAUUUUGCAGCCAGCGAUAGAAUUGGCUGAGAAAGGAUUCCCAGUAUCAGAAGUUACUUCUCAUCAGUGGAAGAGUGGUGCUUAUACUCUUCAGACGCCUGGAAACCAACAUGGGAAGGACCUGUUGAUUGAUGGUGAAGCACCUAGCCAUGGCCAAGUGUUCAGAAAUCAAUUUUUGGCAAACACUUUCAAGGAGUUGGCAAAAUCUGGUAAAAAAGGCUUCUAUGAAGACCGUGUGGCCAAAGCUGUUGUGGACAUAGUGCAGAGUAAUGGAGGAGUAUUGGAUUUAGAAGAUCUGAAAAGCCAUAUCACUGAAGAAGUCAAACCUAUUGCCACGAGUUAUAAGGGUGUGAAGAUUUGGGAAAUCCCUCCAAAUGGACAAGGAAUCACAGCUCUACUAGCCUUAAACAUUUUAGAGAACUUCAAAGUGAAAGAAAUGGGUCAUAAUACUGCUCAGUACUUACACACUCUAACUGAAGCUCUCAAAAUCAGUUUUGCUGAUACUUUCUGGUUCUGUGCAGAUCCAGAAAAAGUAUCAGUACCUACAGAAAAGCUCCUUUUAAAAUCUUAUGCCAACCAACGUUCAAAGCUAAUUGAUUUACAAAGAGCAACCACCAAACAUCAUCAUGGGAAUCCUUUCCCAGUCGGAAGUGACACUGUUUACUUUACAGUGGUGGAUGCCCAAGGCAGUGCCUGCUCUUUCAUCAACAGUAACUAUAUGGGAUUUGGCACAGGGCUGGUACCAGAAGGCUGUGGAUUUACAUUACAAAAUAGAGGAGCCAAUUUUUCACUACAGCCUGAUCAUCCAAACUGCCUGGCACCCAAGAAACGGCCGUAUCACACAAUUAUACCUGCUUUGGCUACGGAUGCAGAUUCAGGGGAGCUCCUGUGCUCCUUUGGAGUAAUGGGUGGAUUCAUGCAACCUCAAGGACAUGUCCAGGUACUAUUGAAUAUGUUGGAAUUUGGGAUGAACCCCCAGGAGGCUUUAGAUGCUGCUCGUUUUUGUCUUGAAUAUGACAAAAAAGUGAAUUCAUGGUACGUCUCCCUGGAAGAGAGUAUCCCUCAGAAUAUUGCAGAAGAACUGAGAGCCAUGGGUCAUAUUGUCAUGCCCCCUGUAACUGGGCACAGCCGAAGCAUGUUUGGACGAGGUCAGAUCAUCACCAAAGGAGACUGGUGGAGGCAGAAAACACUGUCAUCUAGUAACGUAUUUUGGGCUGGGUCUGAUCCUCGAGCUGAUGGUUGUGCUCUGGGAUACUAGUGAUAAAAAAUAACGGCUGUGUGGGAUAAGUCACUAAAAUUGAAAUUCCAUGACUGUGGUAUGUUAGUAAAAUGGAUCUAAACCUGUUUAAAUCAUAGCUUGAUGAUAUUGCCCAGGCUCUGUGAGUGAUUCUGGGAUUCUGUAAUCAAAAAAAUAUUUUUUUCAAGCUGUGAGUACAGCAUAUGCUUUGUAAACAGAGGUUUUGGUUUCAAUCACAGUUAUCACUGCCUGUGAUCUGGGAGAGUAAUUUAGUUAUCCCUCAGAUUAUUCCAGGAUUGAGCGAAAUGGAGCCCUCCUGAUUUUGCGAGACUGUAGCUCCCAUCUCCAUAGUCAGCAUAACCAGUUAUGAGAAAUCUGGAAGCUGUGGGGUGCACUUUUAUCACCCCAAAACUAUGUUGGGCUCUAUACACUGGGCACACUCAACAUAAAACAGCUUCUUACAUUCUUAAACAGCAAUAUUUUUGUAUAGAUUUUUUUUACGGUGCUGCCGAUGUUGCCUUCAUUACAGCAAUAAAUAGGAAGCUGUUCUAGCCACACUUGGGCAAUACCUUUCUUAUUAGAGCUAAAACUGCUGCAACAACAAUUGAAUACAUAUAAAAAUGAGGGAAGAAACAAAACAGAUCUAACAUUUAGUCAACUGUUGUGGUUUGAACUCCCACUUUGUCCCAAGAUGGAAAUUUCAGGCUGAAUGAAUCACUGGUAGGGAAGCAGUGUCAGGUUAUCCUCAUCCAUCUCAGGGAUGGUCAGAGGCUUUAACAUGUCAGUGGUGCAGUAAAUCCACUCUGGGUUUUAUUGCACACUCCAGAUGAUCUAUUCAAGAUUCUGAAUCUAUUUUCGGGGUUAAACACCUUGAACAGAUUAAAAUCUGUAAUAAAAUUCUGAGUGGAUUUGGAGUACUGUUUAUGUGAAAACCUUGGGCCUAAAAUACUUGGAUGAACAAUCAAUGACCACUUUCCAUUUCUGAGUAUGCAUGGGUGGUUGUAACUCUGAGCUCUCUGUCUAUUACUUUAGACAAAAGAUUCAGAUUCCAGUCAACAGAGAGCAGAAGCAGAGAGUAAAUACGCAAACAGUUAAAAGCCAGCAGGAGAAAUGGCAGUCCACACUAGUUACACUUCUUCUCUAAUCCUUACUUCCCCCCCCCCCCCCCCAGAAAUCCCCUUAAAAGCAAGAACACAUAUUGUGUGUUGUCGAAGGCUUUCAUGGCUGGAAUCACUGGAUUGCUGUGAGUUUUCUGGGCUGUAUGGCUAUGUUCCAGAAGCAUUCUCUCCUGAUGUUUCACCCACAUCUACGGCAGGGAUCCUCAGAGGUGUGAGGUCAGUAGGAGUGCAAGUGAGGUUUAUAUAUCUGUGGAAUUUCCAGGUUGGGAGAAAGAACUGAAUACCCUUGCAGCUUCAAAGCCUGGCUGCUUCCUGCCUGGAGGGAUUCUACCCUGAACAUUCUACCGAUAUAUAAACUUCACUUGCCUGGUUUCCAACAGACCUCACAACCUCUGAGGAUGCCUGCCCUAGAUGUGGGUGAAAUGUCAGGAGAGAAUACUUCUGGAACAUGGCCAUACAACCCGGGAAACUCACAGCACCCCACAUAUUAAGUGUAUUGAAUUUUGAGACAAUGCUGGCUUUAUCCUGACUAUUAUGCAGUACUGCAUUUUUUAUUUUAUUUUCAAAUCUUUUUGUAUUAUUUAGUCCUCAUUUCCUAACACAAUGCUUCAGAAAUUAAUUUUAAUACAAGUUUCUGAGAUGAUUUGCUAUUUAAUAAAAAGGUUCUUAUAAUAAUGGAAUUAUAUUAUCUAGAAAUGAUUUUGUCAAGCAUUUAAUUGCCCUGGUCUCCAGUUGCUUACUAGCAACAACACAUUUUAAAUAUCUGCAUUCUAGUUAUUAGGAUUCAGUAACUAGUAUUUUUUUUAGCAGAGGUACAUGAGUCUUUAAUUUUCAAACAGAAGCUCCUUAAAACACAUGGCAAGCUAUUUUUGUUUUAAUUCAGGAAACUUUCCAAAGCAACAUUCAUUAGAACAAGAAGGUUUACUAUUAAAGUAGGAAGGAUGUUUUAAAAAAUACUGGACAUGUACAAGUAGUUUGUCAGAUCCUCCUCUUUGCAGUGUAUAUGUAUAAUACAUAUUCCAUAUUAGAUUACCAUCUAAUUCAAGGACACAUGAAAAAUGAGAAUUUAUCUGAUUUGGAUUUCUUCACAAAGUCACAAAACUUCUCUUUUGUGAAUUUAAGUAUAUGAUGUAAAAUGCUACAGUAUUACCAGUUUCAGUGUUUGAUUGUGAAAGUUGGAUAGGAAGAGAAUAAACUCAUUUUAAAAUAUGGUUCUGGAGAAUUCUACAGAGACAAUGGACUUCCAAAUAAAUGGGUCCUAAAACAAAUCUGGCCUGAACUCUCUCUAGAAGCCAAAAUGACGAAACUGCGGCUGCCAUAAUCUGGUAUAUCAUGAAAUGAUAUAAUCCGUUAGAAAAUAUAAUAUUUUGUAAAGUGGGAAGCAACAGGAAAAAAAGAAAGACUUCAUUAUAGAUGGAGAGGAAACCACGACCCUGAGUUUUGCAGGACAUGAGCAGGGCAUUAGAUGGCAAAGUAUCUUGGGAGAGCCUUACUCGAAGGAACACCAUACAUUGAGCUGGCUUGCAGCAACUGGCAAAAAAAAAUUCACUGGCUAAUGCACAUUUUGGUGCCUCAAAUGUUAGACCUGUUUCUGGAUAUAUGUGAUCUGCUGAUUCCAAAAAAUGACACCAGUUCCCUCCCUUCAGCUCAAGUUUUUGAGAACAUAUGCCAUAUGCCCGUCUUUAUCUGCUUGCCCAUAGAAAACCAUGAUAACCACAUCUAGGAAACUAGAGCUGAUGCAGUCUAUGCAAUGCCAUUUCUAAAUCAGUACUCCAAAUAACCCUACAUAAAAUAUAACCUAAGAAAUAACAAACAGACAUAAAAGAAACAUGAUAGCAAGUAGCACAAUGGCAUAAAAGAAACUUGAUAUACAUUUUGUGCAAAAAAGUUCUUUCCUACACAUACAUUUGUUAGAUUAAUAUUUCCCAUGAUUGACUUGAAUCAUCUCUUGAUCCUAGAGAUAAUAGCUGCCAUGCAGCUUUUGGGGAGACCUUUUUGAGGCAAUUAUGAGGAAACUGGCAGAAAGAAGAGAGGGCAGAACACUGGAAAAAUAAACAAAAGGUUCCAGCCAAGGAUUGUAGAUGAGGACAAAACAAUUUACAAAUUUUCUCACUCAGCAUUCAUCCAGAAGUAAUUUUCCAGCUCAGCAUGCAAACCAGAGAUGAGAGAUUGUAAUACAGUAGAGUCUCACUUAUCCAAGCUAAACGGGCUGGCAGAACCUUGGAUAAGCAAAUAUCUUGGAUAAUAAGGAGAGGUUAAGGAAAAGCCUAUUAAACAUCAAAUUAGGUUCUGAUUUUACAAAUUAAGCACCAAAACAUCAUGUUAUACAACACAUUUGAAAGAAAAAGUAGUUCAAUACGCAGUAAUGUUAUGUUGUAAUUACUGUAUUUACAAAUUUAGCACCAAAAUAUCAUGAUAUAUUGAAAACAUUGACUACAAAAAUGGCUUGGAUUAUCCAGAGGCUUGGAUAAGCGAGGCUUGGAUAAGUGAGACUCUACUGUACCACUGGAUCACCCAUCUUUUUUUUUAAAAAGAAAUGUUGAUACUUCCCUUGACACAAGACCCAAGUGCACACUUUUAUUACAAGUAUAUACACAAAACAUCUAAUUGAUAUCCCACAUUUCUCCCAAUAUGGUUCAGAGAAACAAAAUACAAUGAAAGCAAUAGAAAAUACAAAUGUUUACAAACAAUCAAACACAUAAUUUAAAGGCAGUUUAAAUAUAUUAAUGAUGGAGUGUUGUGUGGUUUCUGGGCUGUAUUGCCAUGUUCUAGUAGCAUUUUCUCCUGGCGUUUCAUUUGCAUCUGUGGCUGGCAUCUGUGGCUGCAGGUGGAACGUCAGGAAAAAAUGCUGCUAGUACACGGCCAUGCAGCCUGGAAUCCGCACAACACUCCAGUGAUUCCGACCGUGAAAGCCUUCUACAAUACAUAUAUUAAUGAUGAUUAAAAAUACAUUCACACCUUAGUUAAAAGGCCUCCUGCAAUGCAAAAUACUUAAGAGAUUUCCUUUAAUCUGAUACUGCCAAGUGACCUUGAAAGUUAUCUAUAUUUUUUCUACCAGCUGCUUUCAAGAUAAAAUAACUUUUCAGCCUUUGCUCACCUGUUUUCAUUUGAGCGGUAAAUUGGAUCAUAAUUUCUGGUUCAGAAAUUUGGGAUUUUGAUUCUAAAUCACAUUGCAAGCGGUAUGAUUUAGUGCAGUGGGUUAUUAUGUAUUUAUGUGUUGUCCUUUCAUAAUUUUGAUAACUUAAGAAUACUAAAAUGUUUCAGGUGUUUCUACCAAUAAACAACCAUCUUUUGAGCAUUUUAAAA